GCGAGCGCCCCGCGCUGGCCUGCCCGGCCCCGUCCCCGCCCCGGGCCAUGGCCCAGCCCUUGUCCCGUCCCCUCAUCCUAUCCCGAUCGGGGCCUCGGUCCCCGGCCCCGCCCUCGCCCCGCUUCCCAAAUCAGUCCCAGUCCGGGCCUGGGUCCCCGCGAAUGCAAAGGGCUGCGUCUCAACUCAGGCUCCCCCUCCAGUCCCAGUCCCAGUCCUUGCCCCUGGCCUGGCCCCUGUCCCCGCCCCUGCCGGUGUUCCACCCCUUCUCACACAUCCCAGCCCAGCCACAUUCCCAAGGUUUGCUUAAGCCCCUGAUUCAACUCCUGCCCUUGCUCCAGGCUCCAUCACAGCCCCUGCUUCCAUCCCAUCCUCUGCCCUUGUUCAAGCCCCAGUGCCCAGCUCAGCCCAACCCAUCACCUCAGCGUUUGCCCUCAUCCCUGUGUUUACCCAAGUAUCUCCAGCUCUCCCGCCCCCUCUCUCAUACCCUGCCCCUCUCCCAGCCUCGCCACAAGUCUGGGCUCCACCUGCCGCCAGCCCUGUUGCUGCUGUUGCUGUUCUCUGUCCUUGGCCCAGGGGCUGGAGGCCUUUUCCUGACUGAUUACUCCACCUGCUCACCCCGCAAGCUGAGUUCUUUCCGCUCCUUUGCCAGCACCGAGCUCUUCCACUUCCAUGUUCCCGAGGACACGUUUCUGGCUGUUUGGAACCUCAUCAUUUUCAAGGAGCAAGGGGGAACCUUUGGGGACCACUGUCCAGACCAAAGUGUGACUGUGUAUUUCCGGUCCGGGGCACCCCCUGUCAUCAAUCCCCUGCACACACACUUCCCAGGGGACACGGCUGUGCCUGGGGUUUUCUCACUGACCCUCAGCUGGACACUGCCCAACCGUACCUCAGGCAUCUUUAACGUCAGCAGCCCCUUACCUGGGGACUGGUUCUUGGCUGCCCACCUUCCCCAGGCCCAUGGCCACAUCUCUGUCAAGGGUCUCCAGGAUGAGUGUCAGUACCUCCUUCAGCCGCAGCUGAUUGUCCGGCGUUUGCUGGAUGUUGCUGUGCUGGUUCCUGGCCGCCCCUCAGAGCAAACCCUCUCCCCCCACAAUCGCUCAGCCCUGUACAAGGUCUUUGUGCCCAGCUUCACUUACAGAGUUUCAGCACAGCUGGUGUGUGUGGGGGGCCGUGGGACACCUGCUUGCCCUCUGACACUGCGCCUACGUCCCAAAGCACCACCCCUGCACAAUUCAAGCUCUGUGGCCUGUGGUGGUGCCUCACCAUGCCAGCUGGAGCUGGCACUGCCCCCCUGGGGGCACUGGGUCUACGUGCGUGUGGAGACACCAUCCCGGGGCCUUGGCAGGACCAUUCGCUUCCAGCUGUGUGUGAGAUUGCAAGAGUGCCCUCAGCCCAGCCUGUCCCGGGCCCUGGUCCCGGCAGCGGCCAUGAACAUGCCCCAGUCACUGGGCAACCAGCCACUGCUCCCAGAGUCACCAUCCCUCGGGGCCUCUGUGGAGGGGCCUGGGGCCACAUCCCCACCUGAGCACUGCUGGCCUGUGCGCCCGACGCUGCGCAACGAGCUGGACACCUUCUCCGUCCACUUCUACAUCUUCUUUGGACCCAGCGUGGCCCUACCCCCAGAGCGCCCAGCUGUGUUUGCCUUGAGGCUGCUGCCAGUGCUGGACAGUGGGGGUGUCUUCAGCCUGGAGCUUCAGCUCAAUGCGAGCUCCCUGCGACAAGAAAAUGUGACAGUGUUCGGAUGCCUGACUCACGAGGUGCCCUUGAGCUUGGGGGACGCAGCAUUGACCUGUUCCAAAGAGUCCCUAGCUGGCUUCCUCCUCUCCGUUAGUGCCACCUCCAGAGUGGCCAGGCUGCGAAUCCCGUUCCCCCAGACCGGGACCUGGUUCCUGACCCUCCACUCCCUGUGCGGGUUGGGGCCUCGGUUCGUGAGGUGCCGGAACGCGACCGCCGAGGUGCGACUGCGCACCUUCCUGUCCCCGUGCGUGGAUGACUGCGGGCCCUACGGCCAGUGCAAACUGCUGCGCACGCACAACUACCUGUACGCGGCCUGCGAGUGCAAGGCCGGGUGGCGGGGCUGGGGCUGCACUGACAGUGCAGAUGCACUCACCUAUGGAUUCCAGCUGCUGUCCACACUGCUCCUCUGCCUGAGCAACCUCAUGUUUUUGCCACCUGUGGUCCUGGCCAUUCGGAGUCGAUAUGUUCUGGAGGCUGCUGUGUACACCUUCACCAUGUUCUUCUCCACGUUCUACCAUGCCUGUGACCAGCCGGGCAUUGUGGUUUUCUGCAUCAUGGACUACGAUGUGCUGCAGUUUUGUGAUUUCCUGGGCUCCCUAAUGUCCGUGUGGGUCACUGUCAUUGCCAUGGCCCGUUUGCAGCCUGUAGUCAAGCAGGUACUGUAUUUGCUGGGGGCUAUGCUGCUUUCCAUGGCUCUGCAGCUGGACCGGCAUGGACUCUGGAACUUGCUUGGACCCAGUCUCUUCGCCUUGGGGAUCUUGGCCACAGCCUGGACAGUACGCAGUGUCCGCCGCCGACACUGCUACCCUCCCACGUGGCGCCGCUGGCUUUUCUACCUGUGCCCAGGCAGCCUUAUUGCGGGCAGUGCCAUCCUCCUCUAUGCUUUUGUGGAGACCCAGGACAACUACUUCUACAUUCAUAGCAUUUGGCAUAUGCUCAUUGCUGGCAGUGUGGGCUUCUUGCUGCCCCCUCGUGCCAAGACUGACCAUCGGGUGCCAUCUGGAGCCCGUGCCCGGGGCUGUGGUUACCAGCUGUGCAUCAAUGAGCAGGAAGAGCUGGGCCUUGUUGGCCCAGGAGGGGCCGCUGUCAGCAGCAUCUGUGCCAGCUGAGAGGAGCUUUGUGCCUGGCUCUUUGGGAACAUGAACCCUUCCCAGGGGCAGAGAGACCUUCCUGGAGUUCUUCCUGGGAGCUGGGGCCCUCCUGGUGCCAGGAGACAAGCUGUAUUUCUUGAGGACAUGGAGUUUUAAGGACAUGGAAUUCUUUUAGGGACCUGGAGCCCUUUCAAAGGAUAUGGAGCACUUUCCUGAGGGCUUGGAGUUCUCCUGCAUCCAUGGAGUCCUGCUGGACUGGAGCCUAUGCAGGCACACAGAGCCCGGCAGGAGCCCCUCCUAGAGAUAUGGAGCCCACCUGAAGACAUGGAUUCCUUUCCAGGGAGACAGUGCCUUCUCAGGAGCAUGGUGUUAUUUCUGAGAAAGUGUAGUCCAUUUUUGGUAAACUGUGUCUCCAGAUCCUCCCGGCAGCUCGGCAGCUCUGGCCUUAGGCUUUCUUCCCAGAGGCAGCAUCUGGGCUGUGCCUUGCUAGGGAGGAGGACUGCAGGACAGAUGGGGCUGGGGCCGGGGUGGCUGGUAUCCCCAGUCCAUGCAGGUGGACUCUGGUGUGUCUCCAAUGAAGUAUUUGCUGGUUC